CUCCUCAGCUUUCCCGCCGCGCGUGUGAUGAUAGCAGACACAAUGACUCUGCUGUCUCUCCUCGGUCGCAUCAUGCGUUAUUUUCUCCUCCGGCCGGAGACCCUGUUCCUCCUGUGCAUCAGCCUGGCCCUGUGGAGCUACUUCUUCCACACGGACGAGGUGAAGACCAUCGUCAAGUCGAGCCGCGACGCCGUCAGGAUGGUCAAGGGCAAAGUGGCCGAGAUGAUGAUGACGCACGAGGGGGGCCUGGGUGGGCUUCGCGCCUUGGACGCCGAGUUCUCCAACACCUGGGGCUUCCGAGACGCCAACGUGGCCGUGUACUCCAUCCAGGGCCGCCGGGACCACAUGGAGGACCGCUUCGAGGUGCUCACCGACCUGGCCAACAGGAGCCACCCGUCCAUCUUCGCCAUUUUCGACGGCCACGGCGGCGAGGCAGCUGCUGACUACGUGAAGGCGCACCUGCCCGAAGCUCUGAGGCAGCAGCUGCAGGUGUAUGAGCGAGAGAAGAAGGACAGUCCGCUCUCCUACGCCUCCAUCCUGGAGCAGCGCAUCCUCACUGUGGACCGAGACAUGGUGGAAAAGUUCUCCGCCUCACACGAAGAAGCAGGCACUACAUGCUUGGUGGCUCUGUUGUCUGACCGGGAGUUGACCGUGGCUAACGUGGGGGACUCCCGUGGUGUCCUGUGCGAUAAGGACGGAAACGCUGUGGCUUUAUCUCAUGACCACAAACCCUACCAGCUGAAGGAGCGCAAGAGGAUCAAAAGAGCAGGCGGCUUCAUCAGCUUUAACGGCUCGUGGCGCGUGCAGGGCAUCUUGGCCAUGUCCCGCUCGCUUGGCGACUACCCCCUGAAGAACCUCAACGUGGUCGUCCCCGACCCGGACAUCCUGACCUUUGACCUCGACAAGCUCCAGCCCGAGUUCAUGAUCCUGGCCUCGGACGGCCUGUGGGACGCUUUCAGCAACGAGGAGGCCGUGCGCUUCGUGCGCGAGCGGCUGGACGAGCCGCACUUCGGCGCCAAGAGCAUCGUCCUGCAGUCCUUCUACCGCGGCUGCCCCGACAACAUCACCGUCAUGGUGGUGAAGUUCAGGAGCAGCGCCGGCGGUAAGGCAGGGGAGUAGAGCCCUCCGUCAGGCCCCGCCCACUGAGCGUGUCAAUGCAAACCUCAGAGGAUAAAAUCACUUUUACUCAGCUUUUAUAGACGUAUACCUGUGCAUGUACGUAUGAAUACAUGCUCACCGAGGAUACGAUCAAUAUUGAUCCUUGCCGCUGUGCCAAAUGGACACCAUUUAAAACUUUUAAACUUUUUUUUUUUUCCCCUUAACAUACACCACUGGACAUCGAAAUGAAGUCAUCAUCAAAAAGAGCAAUAUUAAGUGCAAAUCAGAAUGCCUUGGCCAUGCACGUAUUUUUUAAUGAGGAAAAUGUAACGUGUAAAUGUCAAAUUCUGCCUGAACAGUUCACUAGAAUCUGUAUUAAUUUACUCCGAUGCUGCUUGUGAUGCCCUACUAGCACCCAUGUACGGGUUACAUAGUCAAGACUGUGGUUGUGGAAUGAAACGACAGAGACGUUGUUGCUUUGCAUCGCACGUUUGCUGCUGGUGGUAGAAGGACACUGUAAACUGGACUCAGCAAUAUUUAAUAAUACGCAUUUUAAUUUGGUUCAUUUCAGUCAAAACUCUGCCUAAACCCUAAAUGGACAUUUAGUAAUGCUUUACUUGAAGGCUGUCUGCAUCGGCACUUCAUGACACAUGCUUAAGCGUUGAAUAUCAUAUUCUAAAAGCAGUAAUUGGGCAUUUAUGAUCACAUGUUAGUAUCACUGGAUUUUUUAUGAAGUCAAUAACCGAAGUUACGGAAACGUGUUCCGUGUAUGGCGCUGCUGUGAAGACCGUAGGCACAGGCCUAGUCAAGAACAUCAUAUAUUGUAUCAGUUCUGUGAAAGAUGCCCUCACACUAGAAUCAUAUUGGGAAAAUAUUUAUGUACAGUAGCCCUCUUUCAUCAAAGUUGCGUACAGUAACUAUCUAAUCUAAUUAUAAAAUAAGAGGACGCAAAUUUCUUGUUAUCGAUCAGUUCCGUCUUUGGCGUAUCUGUACAAUGUGAGCAUGAAUUAAUGGACAAAGUGCUUGAUUUGCGUUUAAUCAAAACGAUCAUCGAUUAAAAACAGUAAAAAUUUAAAUCAGUAAUCAGCGUCUUAUACACUUCAGUAGUACAGCGCUUUGAAGAUUUAGGAAAAUAAUCGCAUUACACAAUCAUAUCAGUCUGCCGUCUUAAACAAAGUAUGUUUCGUUUAUUUCGCAUUUUAUUGUUUCCAAUCAUCGUAAUGUUGACGCUAUAAAGUUUGGUCAGUAGGGGGAGCGGUGCGUUCACUCCUCCACCUCAAACUCCACCUACAAGCACAGCGCAUGGGCCACUGAAUGCUGUCCUUAUAUUGGCUGCCUACUGAAACAUCUGCAUGAAUUAGGGCGUGCUUCAAGUAAAUGAGGUGCAGGUAUUUCGGCGCUUGAUUUCACGCACUGACGCUGAUUUAUUAGCGCAGAGCAGUUUUUAUGGUGAAAUCUGCACUCGUUUUUAUGCAGAUUUGGUGAAUGAGGGCCAGCAUCACCACGUCUUUAAUAGAACUGAUUUAGUAUGUGGUGGUUUUUUACUAGACCUCUAGAAGUUACGUACACCAGGGGUGGGCAACCCAAAAGUUAAGAAGAGCCAUUUUGUAUUUUCAGCAAAAAUCAAACCAGCUUGAGAGCCACAACAUUACCAUCUUAGCUGUAAAUAUGUCUCAGUAUGUGCUGAUGUACUAGAAUAGGAUAAAAAUAAUAAUCUAAACGAAAAAAGACAGACAAGCUUUCGCUCAGCGAUAGUCUCUUUUCUCGCAUCUCCAGCAGGAAAAUUUUCCCGCAAAAGUAGAAGAGUUUUUUGUAAAGUGUCUCUCAACACUCAACAUUUUACGAGGCUGAGGUCGCUUCUGAUUCGCCGGCUUCUUGUUUGGAUUUUUCUGUUCCACCUUAAAUGGUGCCUGAGGCGGCAGAAUGUAUCUGUGGCACCAUUUAAGGCGGAACGGGAGAAUUCGAGCGAGAAUGUGACUUUAGCUUUUGCGGCUUUUUAGUGUUUGACAAUGUCUCGUUGCCGAUGAAUCCUAUCAGGAAACCAGCCAGUCGUCCAUUUGUGUCCAAAUCUUUCUCUUUGCCGUUUCGUAGCUACUAGCUAGGUCAGAUUGUCGUCUGUGUUGCUAUGGUGACCAGCCGUCUGAAUCGGCAGUUCUACGUUGACUCCAGAGUUUAAGACCAUUUACUGUUGAACUGUGUUGAAGGAUCAGCAGAGCUUUAUUUUACUGUAAAUUUUACUGUGAUUUUUAUUAUUACCCACUAAUCCGAUUCUGCUGUGGAGCCGCAACAGGACAGCAAAAGAGCCACGUGCAACUUUGGAGCCGCACCCCUGCGAUACAUGGUAAUGAUGCUUCAAAGUAGCGUUAUAAGUGAGACAAAUGUUCAUGUCAACACAAUAUCAUUUACUUAAUCAUUUUUAAAUCCCGACAUCUUGUAAGCACAGACAUAAGCUCUUCAUAAAUACUCAAGUAUUGCUUUUGUAGUGCUUAUGAAGUCCUUGUGCAGGCAGCUUUCAAAUGAAGUGCUACUGAACAUUCUUACCGCUACACGAUGCAUUUACGAACACUGAACCUACUUGUAUCUCUGCAUCUGUAGCGCAUGUUUUUCUUUGUGCUGUCUAAAAGUGUUUAUUACCAAACAGUUUUCUCUGAGGCUGUAGGGAGGUGUAACCUUGUCUGCAACCUUCAGAGCUGGUGCUUCAGGCUGGAACAUUUCACAGCAUCACCCAGGUGUCCGUAUUGCUGGGAUGAAACGAGAACCAGUACAUUCUGCAUGGUCCAUUCAGAAUCACAGCCAGUCUAAAUGCUUGUAUUUUGAAGUCUGAUGUUUUGAAGCAUGGGUGCGAUAUACACUGAUCAGGAACAUCAUGACCACCUCCCUGUUUCUACGCUCAGUCCAUCUUAUCAGCUCCACUUACUGUAUAGCUGGACUUUGUAGUUCUACAGUUACAGACUGUAGUCCAUCUGUU